UUUGCCAAUCUUUACUAGGGAUUCCAGUGGAGCAAUAAGUCUAUGUUUGCUGUUUGCAUGUGUUUCGCGUAAAACGUUUCCCUCAAACCACUUCAUCCAUAGUUUACACGUUGCGAUAUUCACAGGAAAAAUCUUACGCGCGCAUGCACCUUUUGCGGCUACGCACUACCUUCUACGCUGCACUGUCUCUCUCAAAUUUUGUGGUCCACCCCACCACGCUUACGUCAUUCCUCUACCCCAACCUCUUCCCCUCUCCAAAGGAAGGUGUCAGAAUAGAGCAAGCUCGCGUAUUCAGCCUGUGCUAUCUUGCAAGAGCUGCUGCGAGGAUGCGGUCUGUAUAGGAAGGAUCCUUGGAAGCCUCAGUGAGAGUUGGGUAGCGGUCGCAGAAGGAUCAGGAAAGACCCAGCUAGUGGUUUGAAGCGCCGGCUACGACGAUACAUACACACGCAGCCCUCUUCUCUAGCUGUCGGUCUAGCAGCGGCGGAGAGCCGACGUCGUGCGCUCCCUGCUAGCGCCCCCUCGAGCUUUGCCGAUCCUCCCGACCAUCGUUCCUCCCCCUCACACCCCAGCACCGCUGCCUCGACCACCCUCACCUCCUCUCCCUCGCUCGCUCCCUUGGCUACCGACCGCCGACUCGACCCAGCCUGCCAACCUCGGCUCGCCGGCCCACUCAUUCAACUACCCUUAUUCCGCUGCCGACUCUCGACAGAUGCACUGAAUAUUUGCUGCUAGUCUCCGCACCGCGUCGAGUGAGGCAUGUGACCCACGUUGAAUAUCGGGUGAAAAGCUCUUACAAAUACGAUUCCAGCAGUUGUGGAAUAGUGAAGGUACAAUUUGUGCAUGGGUGGCGCUUCAAACACCCUCACUCUAAGACAAGAUGGCCGCCACGCUCGCAUUGGCUAACUCUUGUUGCUAGUUCAGCCAUUGGCCCACAGAUGGCGAUAGUGUUUUGAGUGUAGUCGUCGUACUCUGCCUCUCGGUCUUAUCGUGCUAAUAAUGACGGUCCGUCCAGCUAGAGCUCUUAUUGGUUCGGCAGGCACCCUUACCUACUGAUUGGGCAGACCUGUUUACCGCGACUGCCUUGCGAUUCCAGUGUCUAAUUCAGAAAAGGAUUCAUUUGCCAUCACAGGUAGUUGAGGUGUGCACAGUUCUUUUAUUGAAUACAUAAAAGUUCAGAAAAUUAUGUGAACAAUGAGUUCUAACUAUAUUGAUAGCAUUUUACCAAAGUACCAAGCGGACUCUAGUGCAAGUAAUUUAGUUAACUAUAACAGUCAGAACAGAAGCAUGUAUCCAUACGUGAGUGUCACAUCUCAUCAGCUGGCAUCCAACGUGGCCUCGAACAUGUCACCGUUCAGUGCCAUGGCAGCUUCGGCUGAGAGCGACAAAACCUGCCGAUACACUCAGUCUGGUGCCACGGACAUGUCACAAUACGGCCUCAACCUUCAGAACUGCGCUACCACCAGCAACAUGGCACAAUAUUUCCAUCAAAGUAAUGCGGCUAAUCCACUAAAUCCAUGCACCCAGCCAACUCCUCCGUCGCCUCAUAUUGCUGAACUUCCAAGAUACCCGUGGAUGUCUAUUACAGACUGCUCUGGACUGCAGCAAUUGUCCCUGUCACAAAAUGGCCGAGGAAUGUCAUUCCUUGGUGCCAUAGAAAACCAAUGGCGCGGCUUAGCAGCAAAUUGGAACGGUCUGCCUUGGAGUCCGAACGGGUGUCCCCGGCGCCGGGGGAGGCAGACCUACACCAGAUUCCAAACUCUGGAACUCGAGAAAGAAUUUCACUUCAACCAUUACUUGACGAGGCGACGGAGGAUAGAGAUCGCACACGCCCUCUGCCUCACAGAACGACAGGUUAAAAUUUGGUUCCAAAAUAGGCGUAUGAAGUUGAAGAAGGAGCUGCGGGCGGUGAAAGAAAUCAAUGAACAAGUGCGCAGGGAACGAGACGAACAGGAGAAAAAGGACAACAAAGAUAAAAACAAAGAUAACGCCAGCAACAGCAGCAGCAGUACCAGCAGCAACGGCAGUAACGGCACCCCAAACAACAGCUCUACCAACAACAACAGUCAUUCACUAAGUAGCAACGGUGGACCUGACACUCCUACCAAUCCACCACCCAUACAUGGUGGUGGGGAUAUUUCUGGUAGUGGGCUAUCAGUUGAUGGCAAAAUCGUGACUUAACCUUCUUGUCCCGAUGAACCAACCAUAUCGAAAAUCACCAUCGCAUUGCCAGUGGCCAUUCAAUGUGAAGACCAUUUAUAAAUCGCUGGUGAUUUUCGAUAUGAAUCUUGUACGGAGCGCAACCACGUUUGCAUUGCGUUUGAUCCAUGAUCGCUUAGGUAUAUGUUGGUCUAAGCAAACCCUUCAAUUGU